AAAAUCAAUUCCUAAUUCUUCUUUCUUCUUUCUUUUCUGAUCUAUAGACCAACCCUAAUUUCCCAUUUUAUUUCUGUUUACGAGAAGGCUGCGAUGAUGAUGAGUACAAAUAAUCUCGUUAAUCCGAUCUCUAUGUGAGGAUAAUUUCUCAUCCAUUCAUUUGUUUCUGAGCUCCUUCUCUUUCUAGUUUAUUCUUCUUCUUCCUUUUUUUCUGCUCUACUGUGUAAUCUGAACAUUGCAAGCAUCUUACACCGCGGAUAAUUGUUUCACUUCGCUAUAUUUUGGAAAACGAUCCUCAUUUCAUUUGAUCGAUAACGUCAUUGUCGUGAUUCAGUUCGUCAGUCUUGUUUUCACUUAGAUUUUUAGUGGUUUAGAUAAAAAUACAAAGCAUUUUUGUUGAAAAUUUAAAGGAGAGACAUUUCAAUAAUUGGUUGCUUUUAGUAAAAAUUGAUUGCUUAGUCCUAACUAUUGGUUACACGUUGAAAUACAAACCCGCCAAGCCUUUCAAAGUCUUGAUAUAUUGUUUUUAGUUAAAGUUUUCUACCAGAAUGAAAGGUCCUCAUUUUUAGACAUUGUAGUGAAUAACACAAAGUUACAAAUUUAGGAGAAUUUUAAACUUCUUUAUUUACCUUUCUUUUUAUUCUAAAAUGUAACACUUUAAAUUUAUUAAAUGUUAUUAUUCUUUUAAUUUAGUUUCACAAUAAUUACGAGAAAAAAAAUAGUAAAACUUUAUUAAUAGAUUUUAGUCUAUUGUCUACGUUCUUCAAAUAAUCGAUCAUCCAUCUAUUUGUUUCUAGUAGAACUAUGCAAUGUGCAACAAGCAAUUGGUAUUUCUCUUUGUUUUCUAAUUAUUUUUCUCUUGCUUAUAGCAUCAAUGAAUAUUCUUGAAUCAUUUGCAUUUUUUCCCCAUCUAGUGUAUACAAAAGUGAAUAACAUGUUAAAGGAACAUGCACACAUUACACAUAAUAUUUUGAGUUACUCGUCCUCGAUAAGGGGUUUGUUUUGAGGAAGUUUCUUUUUUGUAUAAUGUAUGUAUUCCUUUUUUGCUUUCAUAAUGCAAAAGAUGAAUAAAAUAAAGGAGUCCCAAUGUGCAACACAUCGUCAAGAUUGUCAAGAUUGUCAGUUGAAGUGACGAGGGAGGAGUGGAAACCGUGGGAGAAGAAGGGUUUCCAUUUGAGUUGCUCAUUGCUGGUGGAGUGGAAGGCCGCUGGAAUGUGGACUUGAGGGGUUUCAAAUGAAUUAGAAUCUGAAAUUGAAGAAAGUGAGAAGAAGACAGCAUCAGCAGAAUAAUAUUGAGAUUAGGAACAACAAUUUUAAUCCAAGUGGGAGUCUAUAAGCGUCCAAGAUACUAUGUAGUAACUUAGGCUAAAAGAAAAACACAUCAAAUAUCCUUAAAGAUGAAAAUACAACCGAAAACUAAAAUCCUCUACAACAGGAGGGCACUUAGCACCCAAAUACUCUACAGCCCAUAACAACACCCCUCUAAUUAAAUUCAAUCAAGGAUAGAUUAGAGAUCAAAACCUUCGAGUAAAUAAAAUGAGUUCUUUUUGCCCAAUGAAUGUUAAACAUAAAAACCCCACGUGUUGAACUAAUUAAUAUUCUCUUUUACACUUGUAACGUAAAAGAAAACAUCAUGCAAAUCAAUUCUUUUUGAAGGAAGGAAGGAUAUGAAGAACGAGAGAAAAGGAGUAGAAACAAGCUUAAUUAAAAUGCAAUUUGUGACUACAUCCACUGGGUUUUACAAAUCACUCAUCAGUACUAGAGUUUCUAAAAAAACCAGUAUUUAUUUGGGUCUCUUCAAAUAAGUCAUCUAAUUAACUCAAUCAAUUCAAAACUACCAAUUUGUUUCCAUAUAUAUAGAUUACUAUUGAGAAGUUCUAACAAAUUGAACUAAUUUUAAUUUGAAGCCUAAUUGUUGAAUAUGUGGUGAUGAAGCAAAGAGGGAAGCAAUUGUUGGUAAUGACGUGGAGAUGGAGUUGUUGAAUUUUGACAAAAAAUAAAUCCUAGAAACCAUAUCGCUUGUUCUUUGAAGGAAAGUGAGAACUAAAAUAUUUAGCGUUUAAUAGACUAAGAUAUAAAGGUUAAGGAGUAAGAUAGAAUUUUAACUUAUUAAAUUAUGUACUAAAGUGUGUAAUGAGUGUGUGCAAUUAUGGUAGAUAAACUUGGGCACCUAGAAAAGUAUUUUUCACAAAGGCAAAAGUAAUUUGUUACAAUCUAUAGAGUAUACAGCACAGCCAACCUUGAACGAACAAUCAAAGACAUAUUUUCUUCAGCAUUGGCGGCUCUAGAAAGCAAAUAGACCAAACUCACCACCAACUCUGAUUCCGGCCACCAUUUUAAAUCCCCAAUCAUCACUCUAUUUACGGUCUCUUCGAUUCAAUUCCACAAUCCAAACAUACGCACUAAAACUAACCCCAAAUCCCAUUCAUACCUUUUGAUCCACUUGUUUCUCCAUUUCCAUGGAUACAUUAGAGGAGGAAGAAGAAUACAACUGGAGAGAAGUCCGGCUUCCCUCGCUUAUCCCAGUGGUGCCGGAGCCUGAGCUAGAGAGAGAGACGGCGGAGAGACGCCGUGGCCGAGACAUCCUUAUCGCCGUCGAUCAUGGUCCCAACAGCAAGCACGCUUUCGAUUGGGCUUUAAUCCAUUUCUGCCGCCUCGCUGACACCAUCCAUUUAGUCCACGCCGUUUCCAAUGUGAAGAAUGAAUUAGUUUAUGAGUUCAGCCAGGGCUUGAUGGAGAAGCUUGCAGUGGAGGCCUUUGAAGUGGCCAUGGUUAGGACUGUGGCAAGGAUUGUGCAAGGAGAUGCAGGGAAGGUUAUUUGUAAAGAAGCAGAGAAGUUGAAGCCUGCUGCUGUUGUUAUGGGCACUAGAGGAAGAAGCUUGAUUCAAAGUGUUUUGCAAGGAAGUGUGAGUGAGCAUGUCUUCCACAACUGCAAAUCAGCACCUGUUGUUAUAGUUCCUGGGAAAGAAGCUGGAGAAACAUCUGUGAUUUGAAUCUCAACUACACUUGGUUGAAGCCUGAAAUGAAUCUACAAUGUCUCUUCAUCAAUCUCUGUUUUCUUUUUUGGUUUUAGUGUUAAAGUUGAAGGUUAUAAGAAGAAUUUGAUAUUGUAUUUAUAUUUUUAUAUAUGUAAUGUAUAUUACUAGAUUUCUAGCAUUAAAGUUUACUUCCUAGAUAUGGUUGUGGUAUUGUAUUUGUAUCUUAUGUUUUGUGUUUUCGAAUAGGUGUGAUCUGUGGCCAAUAUAGAAAUGGGUUUCAAUUUGAAAA